UUCAAUCAUGGGCAUAGCACUGAUGUUCCUGCUGGCUCUCUACCAGAUGCAAUCGGCCAUCCACAGCGAGAUUAUCGAGACGCCAUCCAGCUACAAUGAGAACUUGCUGCUGGAAGCUGCGGAGGAGCCCAAUUCGAGAGCCGCCACGGCUGAGUCGGAUCUGCUGGAUGGACUGAUGAGUACCGAUCCCAAUCCCAAUGCCGAGCAGCAAACCGAACUGGAGUUCCGCUAUCCGAUCUCGGCCAUUGGCAUAGACUAUGCCAAGAAUUCGGUGGUGUUGCGCUUCCAGAAGCAAGCGCGCAAACAGAACUUCAAGUACGAUCCGGACUACGAGAUGAAGCGCAAGUCUCUGCAGGACAAUUUCAUGCACUUUGGCAAGCGGCAGGCGGAGCAGCUGCCUCAGGCAACCGGACCCGGCUACUAUGAGGCGGUCAAGCGCGCCGCCAUGGAUCGCUAUGGACGCGAUCCCAAGCAGGAUUUCAUGCGUUUCGGGCGUGCCCCUUCGGACUUUAUGCGCUUCGGGCGUGCACCCUCGGACUUUAUGCGGUUUGGACGCGAUCCCAGCCAGGAUUUCAUGCGCUUCGGGCGCUCCGAUAACUUUAUGCGCUUUGGCAGGAACCUGAACUUCCACGAGGAGCUGCGCAGUCCCAAGCAGGAUUUCAUGCGUUUCGGUCGCCCGGACAAUUUCAUGCGCUUCGGCCGCUCCGCGCCCACAGAAUUUGAGCGUAAUGGCAAAAUGGACUCGAAUUUCAUGCGCUUUGGCAAGAGAUCAGGUGGACCAGCCAAAUUGACCAAAGCCCAGCUGCAGCUAAACAAAUUGACAACUGCCGAUGGCAAGCAGCAGCCAGCCGACGAGAGCAAUCCCACGGACAAGGCCAUCUCGAUGCUAUUCAACAAGCACCAGCAGCAAGAGCAGCAGCAUGAGGGGCAGCAGCAGCAGGGCGGGCAGAGGCAGCCACAGGAGGAGCGGCAGCAGCUGAAGAGCAGCGCAGAGCAGAACAACUUGGACGAAGCCAGCGUGGAGCAGUUCUAUGAGCCAUAGAUUCGCCCGCGCACAUCACACUGUAAAUAUAAAUUGGCCAAAAUUGAACACUAUGAUAAUUGUACUUAAAACUAUAUAUGUACUUAAACGCAUUAUAGAUAUUGCAGAAGAAAUUUAAAAACAAAAAAAAAGACAACUGUAAUUUGAAUUUUUAAUGGGGCUGGAUUAAAAAUUCACCACGCUUUGAUCUGAUCAUAAGAAAAACCAAAAAAAAAUAAAAUUUAGAAAACUCUAACCAAAGGUCAUACACAUACACGCACACAUACACCAAAGCACAUACUUAAGUGUAAUAUCGCAUUCAAAAUAAAUUCAAAAUAUUAAAUGUACUUCCCUAAAUGCAUUGAAAUGUUGUGAACAAUCUUUUAAAUAAAGACUACUCGCUAACUA